CUUUCUUAAUGAGAUUUCAUGAAUAUGCAUAUCGAACUCAAAACGAGGCUAAGGUCGUAUCGAGUAUAAACAAAAAUGGAGGAGAAAAAAGCGUCUGCAACGCGAGACUUGACAAAAGUACCAUAUAUUACCUUUGGAUUUGUCGAGAGCUUUAUAAAGAAAGGAAGUCAGAGUCUCGGAGAAAAGGAAAUAUCUAAAGGAUAUAAAUAUUUCUCCGAGAGAUAUGUAACAAACAUCACAAUUCACAGUGCAGUAAAUGGAUGUGUAGUGAAAGGAAAAUGUCACAGAUCACAGCGCAGGAAUGAAUCACCUCAUGAUAUUGAGAUCUUUCUGCUGGAUGGUCCGAGUGUGGACAGUAGUACCUGUUCCUGUACAAUUGGACAGUCAGGGCACUGUGGGCAUGUCACUGGGUUGCUAUUUUGUCUUGCGCACAUGAAAUCUGCUAACAUGACAUUCAUACCAUCUGAUGUUUUGAAGACUUCUCUACCUCAGACCUGGCAUCUGCCCCGAGGAGAGAAGAUAUCUGGAAGCUCCGCUGACAACGUGGUCGUACAUGGUUAUGAUGCUAAAUCACCUCAACAACAACCUCGUGGAUUGCGAUCAACUUUGUACAAUCCAAUCAAUUCUGAUGUCCCACCAAUCUCAGAACUUUAUUCAAGAGUUUCGGCAGUUGACAAGACUUCUUUAUUGCUUACUGUUGUGAAUUUGGGUAACAUAGUGGAUUGCAACUAUACAGACACAAAAUUUGGUAAAUUUCCAAAAGGAUCUCCCCUGGCUGUGCAACAAAAACUGUCAUCCCAUUAUGUAUUGAAUAUUUUAGAUGCUGGUGAAUUCCCACUCCUUCCUGUUGAAAAUGUUAUGCAACAACAACUGCAUAUGAUUCUUGAUGAAAAGAAAAGUGGCAGUUUGUCCUCUAUAUAUGUGACAGAAGAGGAGUGCCAUCAAAUUGAAGAAAUGACAAGGUUGCAAGGAGAGAGUCCGAAGUGGCAUGCGAUUCGCAAGGAGAGGAUAACAGCAUCAGUUUCUGGUGAAAUUGUAAAACGUAGAGCAGAUUUUGGACCUUUAAUAAAAAGAUUGAAAACAACAAGAAAAGUUGUCACAGAGAGUAUGCGCCGUGGAUUAUCAUUCGAGGCGGUAGCUGCUGAAGCCUUUGUACAACUGCAAGACAACAAUGUCAACAUAUACCCUUGUGGAAUCAUUGUCAGUCCUUAUGCUUCCUGGCUUGCUGCUAGUCCUGAUAGGAAGGUAUACAACCCAACCAUGAACCCCCCAUAUGGUUUACUGGAGAUAAAGUGCCCUGUAAAACCUUUGACAGAGUGUGUUUAUCUGAAGAAGGAUGGGGAUGUAUGGAGAUUGAAGAAAAACCACAACUACUUCUACCAAGUUAUGAUGCAACUUGCUGUGACAGGUCUUACCUGGUGUUACUUUUUUGUGUGGCACUGUGAUGAAAGCCAUUUGGAGGUGAUUAACUUUGAUAAUGAAGAGUGGCAGGAAAUGAAAAACAAGAUUGAUUCCUUCUAUUUUAACUACUUCCUUGAAUAA